UCGACACUGUAAUUAUUAGAUAGUCACUCUUCAGACUCAUUUGACCUUGUGCUUUCAUGCUUGUGUACUGGCGUGAGGUUGUUGCUCUGCUCCGGGUCCCUCCACGCUCCAGUCUUCUAGCUUCAGUGCUCUCAUCACCUCAGUCUGUGGACAGACACAUCCUCUACCCUUUCUUGCUGGAGUGUAGCUGCUUUGAAUUGGCGUACCCCUGGCCUCCAUGAAUGCAGCUGAGGAAAUCCUGCCUGUCCCUGCAAGAUGGGAAAUUCCUCAGAAAUUACCCAUUUUGCUUCCACAAUUCCAAAGGAGCAUGAUGUCUUCAUGGGUUCCAUAUACACAAUCUUCUGUAUUCUGUCACUCUUGGGAAAUGGCAUUCUUCUGCUUGUGGCAUAUCGUAAGAGGUCUUCUCUGAAGCCCGCUGAGUUUUUCAUCAUAAAUUUAUCUAUUAGUGACCUCGGCAUGACAGUUAGUCUGUUUCCACUGGCGAUUCCAUCAGCAUUUGCUCACAAGUGGUUGUUUGGGGAGUUGACCUGUUUGUGCUAUGCUGUAUGUGGCGUUCUCUUUGGCUUGUCCAGCCUGACAAACCUUACAGCUCUGUCUUCUGUCUGCUGCCUCAAAGUCUGCUUUCCAACCUACGGUAAUAAAUUUUCUUACUCUCAUGCAUGUAUGAUGAUAGUGGGUGUGUGGUGCUAUGCCACUGUGUUUGCCGUGGGGCCCUUAGCAAGUUGGGGUCACUAUGGCCCUGAACCCUAUGGGACAGCAUGCUGCAUUGACUGGUACGCACCUGGCAACAACGCGCUGGCCAUGUCUUACAUCAUCUGCCUCUUCCUCUUCUGCUAUGCACUCCCAUUAGCAGUCAUUGUCCUCUCCUACAUCAUGAUCCUCAUCACUGUAAGAGGGUCACGGCUAGCCAUACAGCAACAUGUGUCUCCACAGACCAAGACAACAAAUGCACAUUUCCUCAUUGUAAAGCUCUCAGUGGCCGUGUGUAUCGGUUUUCUGAGUGCAUGGAGCCCUUAUGCGGUUGUGGCAAUGUGGACUGCAUUUGGAGAGCCCAGUCAAGUCCCUCCUCUAGCUUUUGCUCUAGCAGCUAUCUUUGCCAAGUCCUCCACCAUCUACAACCCUGUGGUGUACCUACUAUUCAAACCCAACUUUCGUAAAUCUUUGAGCAGGGACACAGCUCAAAUACGCAGACGAAUUUGUUCCAGCCCAUGUAAGGGAAGCCCUUUGCCUGAUGUACAGAAUCUUUACCCGCAAUCAUCCCUCCAGUGCAACAAGGAUCUUAGCAAUUCCUCUCGCUUUUCUAAUGGCCUAGCGGAUAACCACGGUGCUUGUCUUCAAUGCACAGAGACGGACCCUCAUCUUCAACAGACCACGCCUCAAAGAACUGCAUGCGUGCUCAUGGGUACAUCCUACAGCGAGGUGACUAUGAGUCAGAUGCCAGAGGCAAUGCAAGUUGACCUUUUGUGAAUACCCAUCAGGCUUGCUUUAUGCUACAACUAGGACAAAUGUAAGGAGAAGAUGAAUGGAUAGACUCAAAGUAUAACCCCUGGCAAACAUAAGCCAAAUAUAAGACAAGAAUUGCAGUGUAUUUGGGUUAUGUAUAUGAGUUCUGUUCAGAAAACCAUUCAAACAAUGCAUGUGAAACUGAUGCACUUAAAUGUACGAUAGAUUGAAAAAAUAAAAAAGAUAGUGGAGGUGACACGAUCCAUUCUGUAUAACUUAGAAUCUGUAAAUCACAGAAAGCUCAAAUUCAUUCCAAUGGAAUAUUCUGAGCAAUCAACAGUAAUUAAAGGGACAGGGUUUAACAUGUGAAAAUUGUUGAUGUGAAAAUCGGUGAAAUCAAUAGUCUCCAAUAUAAUUCACCAAACAGCUCAAAGGACACCAAGGCUUUUAAACCAAACACCACCAUGACAUAAAAAACAGACCAAAUGUUCAAUUGAUUAUAGAGCUGGUCAUAGGGUUCGCUGCGGUGGGGCUGAAUUUUAAUUAUUUAUGUUAUUUUAUUAAUAUUUGGUCUUUGUGUCAGGUAAAGUUUGUCGUAAUUUGAUUUAGAGAUUUUUUUAAUCAGA